AUGCGGUCGCCGGUCUUUGCCACGGAGCUCUUUGGUGACGCGAAGGAGAGCACCACACACCGAAUAAGGAUAGACGACAUGGAUGCCUCCACAUUUAGGGCCAUGAUCCGGUUCAUCUACACUGACGAGCUUCCGAUGAAGCCAAACGACCAUGUGGAAUCAAGAAGCCCCCUCAAUAAUUUUAAAGAGGAAUACAUGUCCACGGCUCGCAAACUCCUUGUGGCAGCAGAUCGGUAUGAUCUCGAGAGGCUGAGGCUCAUGUGCGAGAACAUACUGUCGGAGUGCAUCAAUGUGGCCACUGUCAUGAAGACAUUACUGCUGGUGCGAGGCCGCCAAAGGUGCUAUCAGCUCGAGGAUUCCUGCAUCAAGUACAUAUCGUCUGAUCCUGAUGUGUACAACGCGGUGAGGGCGACCAAGGAGUAUGAGGAGCUCAAAGAAACAUGCAGCUCUUUUAUAAUUGAGGUCACUGAGAGAGUAGCCACACACAUCAUGGCCAACCACCCUUCUUCCUCCAGUAGCACUCGACCACCAGCACAAGAGAAGAGCACAUCCAGAUAUAUUUUGUCGGAUGUAGUCCGCGGCACGCAUGAGUUCAGAAUCCCCAUCUUUAGCUCUUUGCAAACGAGCUACCGUGUUAGUCAAGUAAUGACUUCCGACGUAUUCAAGGUAGGCAGUUACGACUGGAAGAUAAAUGUGUACCCGUCUGGAUAUGACGUUGAAGAGCACAUAUCCGUCUACCUCUGUCUAUGCACUGAUCCUGGAACUGCUACAGUCAAGUCAUCGAUCAGGUUCCGGAUCGAUGACCCUAACGGCAAAUCACCGUCGAUGGUGCUUGGUUCAGAAGACACUUUUACAAAGUUGCAUCAAACCUCGGGAUUUCAGAAGUUCAUUGCCGUGAAUUCUGCGAAGUCACGGUACGUAGGACACGAUGGCUCCCUCACCAUACAUUGUGACCUUGACGUCCACAAGGAGGCAUGCACUACUAGUACUAGCACCACCAUCGCUAAAUCCAUGAUAGUUGUACCGCCGUCCAACAUUGCGUGGCACCUCGAGCAACUGAUGGUGAGUGGGCAAUGGUCGAACGUGACGUUCCUGGUUGAGGAGAGCAAGAUUCACGCGCACUGGCUCAUCAUUGCCAUGCGGUCACCAGUUCUGUUCGAAACGGUAGCGAUGGAGACGUCCAAUUGGGUCAUACGGAUCGACGAUAUGAAGGCCGCUGUCCUGAGGGCAGUGCUCCACUUUGUCUAUACCGACGAGCUGCUUCCUGUGGAUGAUGUGGUAGCAGCCGGAGAAAUGCUCGCGACGGCAUGCCGGUUUCGCUUGGAGAGGAUGAGGGCCAUGUGCGAGAACUUGCUCGCCCGUCUCAUUACGAAAGACAAUGUCUUAAGCAUGCUGGAGCUGGCAUGGCGUCACCAAUGCGAGGACCUCAAGCUUUACUGCAUCGAGUUCACCUCGCUUGCAAUGAAGUGA